GUCAACGGGUUGCCACGCCUCCAUCCGGGUCUCCAGGGCCUGCUCUUCCCGUGACGCCACCAUCAGACAAACCUCUGUCACAUCAUCAAAUAUGACUUGCUCGUUAUGACGUCACAGUGCUCGCGGUCCGGCAGUGUGGUUUUCUACCCCGGCUCCUCCCUCCGCUCCCACCAAGGGCCUGGGCGUUGCGAUGAAGCGGGGGUAUGAUCCUAAGCCGGCCCUCGGUGGAGCAGAACGUCCCCUGUUUCCAGCCUAUCCCAAGGGACGACCCGGACGGCUGCAACGACACCUCCUGAGCGGCGAGUUCGACCAGCUGCGGGACUUCCCUAUCUUUGAGAGCAACUUCGUGCAGGUGACCCGGUUUGGAGAAGUUGCCAACAAGGUCACCAUGGGGGUGGCAGCCUCCAGUCCAGCCCUGGAACUCCCAGACCUGUUGCUGCUGGCUGGCCCUACCAAGGAGAAUGGACGCCUGCAGCUCCUCGGGCUGUUCCCCUUGCAGUUCGUCCAGCUCUUCGUCCACGACGAAUGCCGCCGGCAGCUCAAGGUCAAGUUCCGCACCGGCCGCGCUUUCUACCUGCAGCUGCGGGCCCCGCCCGAGACCCGAGACCGCGAGUUCGGCCAAUGGGUGCGGCUGCUCUACCGCCUGCGUUUCCACUCCGCGGAGGGAGCUGUGCCGUUCACACAGGAAUACUCGGCGCUGGAGGACGAGGACGAGGGCGAGGACGAGGACGAGGACGAGGAGGCGGAGCGGCUGGGCGGGGAGGAGGUGAGGGGCGCGGCGCCUGGGUGUGAGAGUCCAGGUGACCCACCCUCUCCCGGGUCCUUAGGGGUGUCCGAGUAGAAGAAUGCAGGGUGGGCUGCAGGACUCCGGCUAGGCGGCUCUAGCUUGCUAAUGGGACCAGCGGUGCCGGGAGGGUGCCCGCACCUGAAGAGCUGGCUCCACCAAGCCGAGGACCAGCUCCCAGAGAGGCUGGGACAGGUAGGCAGCAGUUCCAGACCCAAGGGUGCUGCAACCCCGGGCCUUCCACUUGCCUCCCCAAUGGCCCAGAGCGCCCCCAGCACCAGACCCUGUGCAGCUCAGAGCCUGAGACACACUCUCCCCACCCAGCUCCAAGCCACAGAAGUCAGACUUGACCCGCAGGCCUCUGAACUCUGGGGACUGUGAUUCUGCCAGCAUCCUUCCAGGUCACCAAAGGACCCGAAAUCAAAGUACCUUACCUCAGGGCCAGACAAAUGAAUUAUAAAAGUUAAUAAAGAUCGUCCACUUAAGAGCUAACCACCUCGCUCAGGCAUCCCACAGUGGCAUGCGCACGUGGCUGCCUCGGAGGUCGCCAGUGAGCCAUGUCCAGCUCCAUGGGCCAUGGAGACAGGUGCCCACCACUGCUGCAUGGCUCCCGCAGGAGCACAGCCUUCCCAGCAGGACCUGUGGCUGAGGCCACCCCCUCUGCUCUUGGCAGCUAGUCUGAGGGCUCCCUGCACAUGGGCUUCACCUCUGGAGUUCCAACCAUAAGCCAUGGCAUGUGGCUGCCCCAUUAAAGUCCCCGCUGCAAGAUGGUGGCCCCAGUGGUGGCCUGGUUCACUGUGACCACCUCUUGGUGGUGGCAGCUAUUCCAGCAUUACCCACCCAGAGUGUUGGGGAACAGGAGGGGGUAGGGGAGCAGAUUCAAGGACACACACGCCAUAGUCCGAGCAAAGCUGUCUUGUUGUGUGAGAUGACUCUAGAAAAGGGGGACAGAGUCGGAGCGCUUGGGCUGGAGUCGGGCUCAGUCACCACAACAGGCAGGAGACGGUUUCACUGCGGCACUGCGGGGACAGUGAGAGAGGAUGGGUGGGGUGGCUGCGGGGGUCUCUGCCUAAACUCCCCAGGUGCCUUUGCCAGCUGCGUCCUCAUGACUGUCCCUGAACACUCUUAGUGUCAACCCCAGAGUGGGAUGUUCUGGCUACAGGCAGUUCCUGGAGUCCCAGGGUCAGGACAGUUCUAAACAGACUGAGUAGUUGAGAAGGGACAGAACAUUAGAUGCUGGGGACCAUGGAAGAGGGACAGCCUAGAAUUGCAGCCGCCUGGGCAUGGAGAGCAUCCUCUGAGCCCUCACUAAGGGUCUGCAGCCACUUCACUGCUGGACUGUCACCACUGAGUAGAGCCCUGAGGGACUUGGUUAGUGUCCUCCGCGCUGGUCCCUGACUGGCCGACACUCAGUGGACUGGGGCCCCAGGCAGAGGAGGUUAGGAGGAGCGUUCAGGAGAGGAGACCGUGUGCCAAAGUCCCGGCGAGGGGAGGCGUCCGCUGUCAUCCUGUCCACUUCAGCUCUGCCACCACCUCUCCCCACCAAGGCCAGGCCUGCUGGAGGCCGUGGGGACACUUGCUGAGUGCUGCCGGCCCCAGCCUAGCUCCCAGUGUCCCCUCACCAGGGGCCCAGGCCCGGCCCCAGGUCUUGGCGUCGCUUGGCAGGGAGCUCCAAUCAGUGGAGAAAGGGCUGAGUGUGGGGACCCCUUCUCACCUCGGACAUCCAGCUUGCACUCGGCUAGUGCCUCCCCCAGCUCAUUGAAGGCCCGGCAGGAGUAAGUCCCCGCGUCGAAGGGCGAGGGGCGGCGGAUGUUCAGUGUCAGGACCCCCUGAUAGUUGGUCAUCAGGAACUUGGGGUCUUCACGGAUUUCCAUCUUGUUCUUCAUCCAGACCACCUUGGGCUGUCGAGGAGAGUGAGAGGGAGCCAGCUUGGGGUGCCCUGCAAUGGCAAGGGGCUCGGAGGCAGGUUUGUCUCCCAGCCCUGCUGGACCACCUCCUUGCCAGGUUCCCUUGAACUCCCAUUCUCUGACCCUCAGUCUCCUUUUCUGUACAGACAAGCUGAUGAUCCCUGCACAGCAGUGGCGAGGGCUUCCCGCUGUCCUCACGCACAGGCCCCAUCCCUGCCCUCCCUCUCCGCUCCCGCUCCACGCACGCUGGCUGGGGUGCAAUCCCUGAAAUAGACCAGGGGGCUCCCCUUGGACCUUGGCACUGACUGUUCCCUGCCCCAACACUGUCCUUCCUCUUCUGGUCCCUUCACUGCAUGGCUCAUGUCACUCCCGACCCCUGCCCUGGGGAGGGGCACCCCUUUACUGCCUGCAUUUCAUGUCGCCCUUUGUGAUUUUAUAUUUGUGUGAUUUUGGGAUCAAUUUUCAGUGGAUCCCAAGCCUCCUGGACAGAACUUCUUCUCCCAUUUGUCUGGCACAUGCCAAAGCCUCUGGAAGCCUUUCUUGAAAGAAAAAAUGGAGCAAAUGAACCCUCUAAGUCAGGCAGUGGCAGGCCGGAGGAACUGCCGGAGGAGCGGGGGCAGGCGAGGGAGGAACGGAGGCGGCCCGACUGAGGCGGCCCUUCCGUGGGGCCAGGAUAUGGCUGUGCCAGGCUCUGUGACCCCAAGGUCUCUGUUACAACUGCUGUGGUGCAGAAGUGACCACGGACAAAAUAUAAGCACGUACAUGGCCCAGGUGCCAGUAAAACUUGAUGAGAAGCAGGGAGCGGCAGCCUUGGCCCUGAGCCGGCUUGCCAGCCCUGGGUGCCUGGAGCUCAAGGGCGCAAGGUCCCUAUUUCCCAAGAGCAGCGUGGAAGCCAGCCGGCAGAGCAGGAAGACCCUCCCCCAGGGCUCGGCUUCCAGGGCUGCUGUGUGUCCCUGCGCAGGACAAGAGAGGCCAAAGUGAGCUGCACCCUGGCGGUCAUGUGGCAGAGGAGAGGCGGGAGGCUCAGCAGAGCUGUCGGAGACUUGGGCUCUGGCCAGAGGAAGAGAGGGAACAGGACAUGGGUACAGGGAGCAAAUCCUACGAGGAGCUGGGGUGGCCGGGGCUGCUGGGGAGCCCUGUGGGGCCCACACAGGGGCACUGCAGGCCGGCCCUGGCCCCACACCUUCGGGUAGCCUCGGACAGCACAGUUGAGAGCUGCGGAGUAUCCAGCCACAACCACCCGGUCAAUUAGAGGCGUCAGGAACUUGGGAGGCGUCCGGAAGUCAUGUUCCUUGUACUCAAGGGGUUUUAAGGUGAUUCCUGGUGGGGGAAAUGCCAGUGAGGUGGCCCAUCCAGACUGUCCCAGCCCCAACCUCAGACUCAACCACUCCACCAUGUGGCCAGUGCCAUCCCUUGGAGCCUGGGGGGUGAUAGGCACCUGUCUUGAGGAUGCGGGCUGUGUUCUUGGAGACCCCAGGAGAGUCACUGAGGCCACAGAUGUUCUCACUGAAAACGCGGAAGUAGUACUCGUUGCCCACAAUGAGGUCGGACACGGUGCAGCUGGUGUGUCGGUUGUGCUCAUAGACGUUGAACCACUCCUAGUGUGGGGACAGGGACACAGGGGAGCACACACAGAUGGACACAGACACAGGAGGGCCAGGGAAAGUUGAGAAGACCCAUCAUUGAAGCAGCAUUAUUCAUCAUUGCCAUCAAUGGAGGGAAGGCUGAGCAAAAGGAAGUUCCUGGUAUAAUGGAAAAUUAUUCAGCCCUAAAAAGGAGAGAAGCAGCCAGGCUCAGUGGUGCAUGCCUAUAAUCCCAGUGGCUCCACAGGCUGAGGCAGGAGGAUUGGGAGUUCAAAGUCAGCCCCGGCAACAC